AUGGGCAAAAGUGACAAGAAAGCCGGCGACAAGUCCGGGGCCAAAGCCAAGGGAGGCGACAAGGAAGCGGCCGGCAAGGCCAAGGGUGCGCAGUUGAUCAAUGUUCGCCACAUCUUGUGCGAAAAGCAUGCCAAGAAGGAGGAAGCGCUCGCCAAGCUCAACGACGGCGUCAAGUUUGACGAGGUGGCGCGCAACUAUUCAGAGGAUAAAGCGCGCGUGGGGGGCGCGCUAGGCUGGAAGCCGAAAGGAAGCUUUGAUCCCAAAUUCGAAGAGGUUGCUUUUGCGUUGGAGCCCAGCACGACGAAUAGUCCCAAGAUUGGCGAAGCCAAAACCGAGUUUGGCUACCACAUCAUCAUGGUAGAGGGUCGCAAAUAG